UGGACGCGAACACGGCGGAAUUGUGGAGGCAGUGUUUUCCGACUUCAGGGAGUUUCGAACCGAGGAAUGCCGAACAGGAACACAAUGAGGAACAGCUGUGUGCUUAUUGUCCUUGGUGUCUACCUUCUGGUAGAGAAGCGGGCUUCAGCUUGUCGAAUCAGUGGACAGUUAGCGGUCUGUGAUUUUCUGUUUCUACGCCACGUUCCAGCAUUGCCCUCUUACGUUACCAGAGUGUCCCUCAGCGACAACUACAUUGGUGAAGUCAAUGAAACAUCCUUCGAUGGAUUGGAGCAGCUAGAGGUGUUAUACCUCGGGUCACAAAUGACCAAAAAACUAAUUGUGAAGAACAAUGCGUUUCGACAACUUUCAAACUUGAUAUAUCUCCAUUUAGGAGGCAACAAGGCUCUUAUUCUUGAGCCUGAUGCAUUUGUGGGUCUGACUCGUUUAAGGAAUCUUGUUUUAUUGUAUAAUGGUCUCGAUGAAUCUAUCCUGAAAGGCAAAUACCUGCAACCCCUGGUGUCACUUGAAACUCUUGACCUUUAUGGCAACAAAAUCAAAAGAAUUCAACCUGGUCUUUUCUUCCGAAAUAUGAUAAAGUUCCACGAGCUGAACAUGACCCUGAACAGAGUUGACAGUGUGUGUGAACAGGAUCUGCUUGGUUUUCAGGGAAAACACUUCAGCCUCCUUAAACUGUCCAGCACUUCUCUGAUAGGCAUGACCUCAGAUGGUUUUGACUGGAAGAAAUGUGGAAAUCCUUUCAGAAACAUAUCUUUUAGAGUGCUAGAUUUGUCAGGGAAUUCAUUUAAUGAGAAAAGCAUGCGCCUUUUUUUCAAUGAAACACAGGGGACUAAGAUUCAUCACCUCAUUCUCUCCUCUAAUCCAAUGGGAAGAUCAAUUGGGUACAACAACCUGAAAGAUCCUGACAUGCAAACAUUUGAAGGCCUCAGAAGUAGUUCUGUUGAAAUUCUAGAUUUAUCCAGAAACUCCAUCUUUUCCCUUGACUCUUCAGUAUUCAGUCCUCUGAAGGAAGUCAAAGAGAUCAUAUUGUCUUACAAUAAAAUUAAUCAGAUUAAGAGGAAUGCAUUUUUGGGACUUGAGCAUUUACAAAAGCUCAACCUCUCAAACAACCUCAUUGGUGAAAUUUAUCCAUAUACAUUUAAAAAUCUACCAAAUGUAAUUGAAAUAGACUUGUCAAACAACCAUAUUGGUGCAGUUGUAUACAGAUCCUUCAGCAUGCUUCCCAGGUUAGCCAUCUUAAAUCUCUCUGGAAAUGCCAUCACUGCCCUCCAUACAUUUGCAACACUAUCCAGUCUGCAAGUGCUUCAAUUAGGUGAUAAUAAACUGUCAUCUUUGUACGGCCUGUCUGCCUUUGCCAGCACGUCCUUCAUUGAAUUAUCUAAAAACAGACUGAGGGAUCUUAAGGAAUUGUAUGGCAUCCUUGCCACACUACCUGACGUGCAGUAUAUUUCACUUGGGCACAAUAUGUUAUCAGUGUGUUACCCUGACCAUUCUGUGCCGCCACAAAAUAAUUUAACACACUUGGAGCUGCAGCACAAUGCUCUGCAGUUGAUAUGGGCAUCGGGAGCUUGCUUAGAUGUAUUUGACAACCUUGGAAAACUCCAAUAUCUCUUUUUAAGUAAUAAUUUAUUCCGGUCUCCCCUCCCAAAUGACAUUUUUAAAGGUCUGCUUUCUCUGAAAAUAAUGGACCUUUCUUCCAACUUUCUCACAUAUCUUCCGCAUGAUAUUUUCCCAGAAAAUCUGAAAGGUCUAGAUCUAUCCCAUAAUAUCCUGGGUUCUCCUGAUCCAAAUGCUUUCCAUAUGAUAAGUGUCAUCAACCUUGGCACGAAUCCGUUCUUUUGCGACUGCAACUUGAGGGAUUUUCUCACAUGGCUGCAUGAGACAAACGUAACAUUUGUGGAUGCUGUAGAGAGCUUGAAAUGCGAGUUCCCUGAGGAUUUUAGGGGUGUCAGUCUCAUCUCUUUGGACGCACAAGACUGCGAUGAAGAAAAGAAGAUAUUAGAACUCAGGAUCACCAUUUUCGUGGGCUGCUCAGUCGCACUCAUGCUGAUUGGAGCAUGCGGCAUCGCUUUCGGUCGCUUCCGUGGUCUGUGUUUCACUUUGUACAAGAAGGCGUUUGCUAGGGUUGUACAGGGCCCCCGAAAAGCGCCCCCUCUGGGGGAGUUCAGGUACGACGCUUACCUGUGCUUCAGCCACAGUGACUUCAAGUGGGUGGAACGGGCUCUGCUGAAGAAGCUGGAUUCAGACUACGCCGAUAAAAAUCUCUUCCGCUGCUGCUUUGAGGCGCGAGACUUUGUACCAGGGGAGAGUCAAAUCUCCAACAUACGAGAUGCCAUCUGGGGCAGCAGGAAGACGAUCUGCAUCGUGUCGAAGGAGUUCCUGAAGGAUGGCUGGUGCAUCGAGACCUUUAACUUGGCCCACAGCAGGAUGCUGGACGAGCUGAAAGAGGUUCUCAUCGUGGUCGUCGUCGGAAGGAUACCACCUUACAAGCUGAUGAAAUUCCAGCCAAUCAGAGCUUUUGCCAAAAAGAGGGCAUAUUUGCAAUGGCCAGAAGACAGCCAGGAUAUGGGAUGGUUCUAUGACCAGCUCACACUGAAAAUUCUGAAAGAAAAGAGCAUCAAAAAACAGCCUGACACUGAGCUCCAAACCAUCAGCCAGGUGGUUGACAUUACUAACACGUCUCACUGAAGUCAGCCUGCACCGGAGUAAUACGUAAUUUAGUGUCUGUAAAACUGUAAAACA